AUGAUACCCGGGCCAGUAACACAGCUCCCCUUGGGCCCCUGCGUCUAUCUUGAUGUUGCCAGUGUCAGUCAUAUACCGAAUGACCAGGGCAAUGCUGCCGCUCCUCUAGCCAGACACGGGAGGCAGUCCUUGCUCUGCGGCCUUGACUGGUCCCUGACUGGUCCCCAGCAGAAUCACGAGGGUCCUUUCCCGGGUGAGACCGACUUCAACGUCGGCAAGAAUGUCCCAACACAGACGAGGAUCGCAUUUCUGAGCAUGGACUCUGGCAGUUCAUUCGAGGACCUUGCUUUCUUCCUUGGCCAACCACUCGCCUUGUUCCUUGCACAAAUCAACCAAACUCACGCGGCUCACAAGAGAUAUCCUCUUAACACCAUCUUCCAGUGCUACCCGAUCAUCAUCACCUCAACGUUUCCUUGGUCACAGACAGAAUGA